AUGAGCACACCCUCCCUUUAUGGUGCUGAUGCACCAGCCACUGUUGCUCUCCUAGAAAAGAUUCUUCGGGAGAUGGGCUCGAAAGAGGGACAAGAUUUGCUCAUAAGCCGUCUAUCUGAAGUCGCAGACAAACUCUCUGGUCUGGCUACCGGAAAGAUGGUGGAGGAGCUCCUUCGAACUGUAAAAGCGAGCCAGGACCAUGCUCUUGUGCCAGCUCAUGGAGCUGGAAAUGGAAGCCGAGCUCGAAAUUAUAGCUUUGAUGAAGAGCCCCGAAGAGAGCUCAACUUUGCGCGCUCAGGACCCAUGACACAACGUGUGGAGCGAUUACUUCACGACAAGGAAUCACGUCGUGUAUCAGAGCCGACUAGAGCUGCCGACGUCCUUGGCGACGAUGUCUUGAAGAUUAUCCGGACAGUCAAAGACAGCGUGGCCCAGGGAGGAGGGUUGACUGCUGAGGUUAAGGCACUCGUCCGGGAGCUCCGUGGCGAGGUGCUUGGAAUGGGUCGAGAACUCGGGCGUCGACUGGAUGAAAUGGAACAAAUAACCUCGCAGAAAUCUGAAGGUCCAUCGAAAACAGACAUGGCAAAAGUCGUCGAAGAAGGACUGGCAGAGAUGAACAACCAGAUCAACCACCUCCUUCGAGAACAUCGACGUCAAUCAGCCGCAUCGAUAUCCUCGAAAGCCUCAACUGUCGACUAUCAGGAGAUAUACAACGCGCUAAGAGCCGCCCUCAAGGAUUCAAAGGCCUCUCAACAGGACCUUCCGGGCUUGCAUAGAGAGGAUGUCAUUGAUGCUGUAAGGGAAGCUUGGGAGAACUAUAAGCCAGACAUCGAGUUUCAACAACUUGGCUUAGAACGAGAUGAGGUACUCGCGUGUCUGAAAGAGGGUCUACAACAAUAUGCCCCUCAUGAGGAGCGUGAAGCGGGUGCGACUCGCGAAGAGGUGUUCAAAGCUGUUGUCGAAGGCCUGAAGCAUUUCGUCCCACCCCAGAUGGAUACACCGGCAAGCCUUUCCCGCGACGAAAUUCUAGAAGCAGUCCGCGAAUGUUUGGAAGAGUUCGAGUUUCCUGUUGCCCCUUCAGCUAUCGGUGCAGAAGUCUCUAAGCAGGACAUGAUCGAUGCUGUCAAGGAAGGUCUCAGUACGAUGGACAUCCCAGUCCGAGCGGAAUCAGCUCUUAUUCCACGGGAUAUCAACAAUGAUGAAAUUGCAUCCCGCCUCCAUGAGAUCAUGGAGUACAUGCAAGCCGAGUUCAAAGCCGUCUCAGACGAAGCCAAACAAAACGUUGCCGCCAAUGGGCGUGACACAGAACAAGUUCUUGAUGCUACAAAAGACGGCUUCGAGAAGCUCCGAGCUGACAUCGAGGCAUAUGUUGAUCGGGCCGCAGGGCUAGCAGGCCAGGAGGUAUUCAUGGAAGGGCUUGUCAAGAGCUUGGAUGGAUUCCGAGAAGAGAUUUCGGUCCUGGUUGACAGACACUCAGACACGUCCCGCGAUAUGCUCAGGGAUGAGUUGGAGUCUCUGCGGGACACGAUGAACUCGUCGCUGGUACCUGCUACACCUCAAGGGGGCAAUCAUCAGGACAUUCUUCAGGCCUUGCAAGAUGGCAUCAGUAGCCUCAAAACGGAGAUUACCAGUCGUCCACUUGCCGGCACCAACGAAGUCCUCGACGCACUACAAGAAGGGCUCGCUGAUCUGCGCGCCAGCAUUGAUAAGAUUGGAGACAAGCCCAUGGACAUGACUGCCAACGAUGAAAUCUUGGACGCUCUCAAGAGUGGACUGGAUGGGGUGCGAUCUGAUAUCGACGGCCUUCGCGAAGAGAGCCGAAACGAUCGUGCUGUUGCACCUGUUGGCAGCAACGCUAUUGUCCCUGCAGAAGUCCUCAAACACGACGAUAUCAAAAACCUCGAGGCUCUCAUCACUCAGCUCCGUGUGAAGGUAGAGGGCAUGGAAAUGCCCCCGCCUACUAGUGAAUCCAUCUCAAAGGAGGACUUGUCAGGAUUAGAAGAUAUGCUCCGCAAUGUUCAAGAGUCGGUUGCAGGAAUGUCGACCCGAGACGAGCCAGCUAGCACAGAUCCCGCUUGUAGAGAGGACGUUCAGGCGAUUGAGACGAUUCUUCGUAACACUAAGGCUCGCCUUGACGACCUCAUUGAUGGCGAACAAGCUGUCAGGAAGGAGCAUGUCGACGUUCUCGAAACUCUCAUCUUAGAGACCCGAGAGAGUCUCGGCAGCCUUGCCUCUCAGAUGGACAGUGUUUCUCGUCGCGAGGAAGUCACCGCGGUUGAGUCUCUCGUAACUCAAGUUGUUGCUGCCUUUGACGAAAUGAAAGAGCGCCAUGAAAAGCAACUUGAGGACCCCGAGAAGGUCACGAAGACUGAUACCGAUGCCAUCGAAGCCGUUUGCCUGGAUGUCAAAUCCGUGGUUGAACAAAUGGUUAAGGUCGACAUCGCUGCCCUCCCCUCCAAGGAUGACCUUCACAACCUAGAAAACUUACUAAAGGAGGUUAAGGAGCUCAGUAACAAGCAAGCAGAAGCCAAUUCCACUGCCCUCGAGCAACGACAGCUCGAGAACGUUGGCGUUGGAGAACGUGUGACGGAAGUCAAGACCUUCCUUGACGACUUCCAGACCAUGGUCAAGAGCAAACUUGAAGAUGGCGCCCAAGGCAUCGACAGCCUCGCAAAGCUGCUGGAUGGUCUUGGUGAAACAAUCAACCAGAACUCCACCAUUGGUGACGAUCUCAAAGAGAUGUUCGAUACUAUGAAGUCAGAAUUCGAGGAGUCAAAGGCCGGUGUCGUUGGUGCGAAGCUUGAGUCCGAUGAGAAGUUCCAGGAGACAACAGAGACCCUAAGCACCAAGAUUGAUGAUCGCAUUAAUGAGCUUAUGGCUAAAUACGACGAAUUCCAACUCACUAUGGAUGAACGCGCAAAGACAGGUGAAGCGAGAGACGUCGAGAUGGAAGCUGCUGUCGUUGGCAGCAAGGCCGUGGCCGAGGAACUGAAGGUUCUCAUCGAUACUCUGGGGUCCGCAGUCACCGACUCGCUGGAGAAAAUGGAAGAGGCAUCCAAGACCGUCUUUGGUCGCGUGGAGGACUUGCUUCUGAAAUCUGACGAGAAUCACUCAGAUGGAAAGGCAGAGCAUCAACUCACCCGGGACCAACUCAAGCAAGCCGUUAGCGUUUCGGAAGGCAUCCAGGGCCAUGUCAUUGAGUAUCAGCCCAAGAUCUUGGAGGCAGUUAACGAUGUUCUGGCUAUUGUUGGCCAGCAUUACGAGCACUCCAAGUCCUCGACCUCAGAAAUCCAGCAAAAGAUCGAAGAGGCCAAGCCGCCCGAGCAGCCACUCUUGCCUCCAGUGGAGAAAUAUGAUGAUACAAGCGUACACGAAAAGCUCGAUAGGCUUGUAAAUCAUACUGAGACGUCCGACGUGGCAUUCUCUCAGCUCGACACUGGGGUUCAUGAGAAGUUGGACAAGCUUGUAGAUCAUACUCACACGGCGGACGAAGCAUUCACCCGCCUUGAUACUUUGGACAAGGUGCAUCAGCAAGUUGUCCAGACGGCUGCUGAAAUUUCGGAGUUCCUUGCCGCUCAGACGCAGCGAAUCACUGAUGACCACGAGGACAAAGAGAAGACACUACAAGAGACUACGAUUGCUCUAGAGCGUCGCCUUGCUCAGAAAGAUCAAGUUGAGGCUAGUAUUGUUAGCCUAAAGGAGGAAGAGGAACGUCUCAAAGAAAACAUUCUCAGCAUGAGAGUCGAGCAGGAGAGCCUGGUGCGUCAGAAGAUCAGACUGACUGGAGAUGUCUCAUCGCUGGAGACAGCUCUCCGUCUUCGACGCGAAGAGCUCCAUGACAUGGAAGAGCGGGCUGAAGGCCUUGAGCGCCGCAUUCUUGACGGCGUCAUGGAUCACUCGAGAGUUCUUCUCAUGGCCAAGUCAAGCAAAAAUCGAGACUUUCCCAGCCGCAAGAGAGUGCCAUCGCAAAAGCCACCGAGCGAUGCGCAAUCUGCCAAGACGACGACACCGAGCCAGCCUCGCUCGGCUUUCAAUAUGGCUAUGAACGCGAAGCGCAACCUGCAACCCUCUAGUCCAGCGGGUGCGGCGCGCAGGAUUCUGUCUCUCAGCCAGAUAAAUCAUAAUGUCCCAAGCGGUGGCGUAUCAAGGAGCCAAAGUGUCAAGGCGAUGGCUGGGUCUGCUGCCUUGCGGAAACGAAGCUGGGGUGGCGGACGUCUUCCCGCGAAGGGCUACGGCGAUCUCGAUACAGACAAAGAAAACAUGGAGCUGAGAGAAAGCAACGAGGAGGGCGAAGACGAUGGCAUGGAUCAAGCUACGCCGAGACAGGACGAGAUUGUCCUUGCGGAACCCAGUCUUGCGGAUCCUAGCGACCUCGGUGACAUGAGCGAUACUGACACCCUUCGACGCUCUAGUCGAGGAACUACGGUGAUCACUACCACUGAGUCUUACACCGGGACAGAAGGCGAAUAUUCUGAUCCGGACGAUGCUGGAAGCGAGUGGACGGAGAGUGCUCUAGGAACAGAAAGUAGCUUAGGGCCCGCGAGCUCGCUUGAUGGCGGGUCAGGAAAUGAGGUGGUCUUGUUUGAAGGCUAG